AUGAGCAGCCGGCGCAACGAGCCUGCGGGCGUUGCGUCGCACACCGAUGGGCACCGCAGUAGCCUGCGGCGCAGCUGCAUGCACGACUCGAUCGAGAAGCCACCGCUCUUCUUUGCCUGGCCAACUACAGGUCCGUCACGGUUGCCGGCAACGACGCCAACCGCUGAGCUUGAAGCGCCAAAACUUGCUGCAGCGGCUCUGCCAACGACAGCUGCACCGCCAAGUACGUCGCGUCAGCCCGUGUCAUCGAUUCCACCCAGCGUGCCGGAAGCGACAUUGGUCAUGCCAUCACCGACGCCCAUGCUGCAGCCGGCAGUCGUUCUCUCAGCGCAGUCGAUGGCGCCCGCCUACAUACCGCCGCCUGCCCAGAUCAUGUACCCGUGCAUCCCCCCGACUCCCAUUGCACCACCCGCCCCUGCACCACCAUUAUUUGCCACAGCGAUGAAGCAGGAAAAGCCUCGUGAUGCAGUGGUGUACCCACCGGGGAUGCCGCCGUGGGGCGUGUCGUCGCCGCCCGAGCUGCUGCUACCGGGCAAGAAUGUGUCCGAGGCAUCCGAGUAUUGGCAAUGGCUGCACUGGUAUGCGUCGUGGCAGCUCUACUAUGAGCAAGGCCGAGAGAAAACCUCGAGUCAACGCCAGUCGCGUCGCCUUGCCAAGCUCAUGGCAUCCCUCUUGGAGAAAGAGGCGUCGGCGCACCGAGCGUCGAGGCGCAGCAGCCGAGACCCCACUGCAUCGACGCGCAGUCGCCAUGUGUCCAAGGCCAAGAGCAGUCGCAGCUGGCUCGCGAAAGACCCGGCAUCGCACCAAGCACACCUCCACGAGGUCGCCCGAGGCGCCGACACCAGCAGUUGA